CCCUCUGGCUGGAACUGGCUGGUCAGGUCACUGGGGUCCUCUCUCCGCAGCCCAUUGUCCUCCCACUGGCAGGAACCGGCUGUGACUCCUGAGUGGGGCCUCCUGGUCGUCAGGUCACCGGUCGCUGGGGUAUCCGUCCUCCAGGCCAUUGGCUGGGGUCCCAAGUUCCCUCUCCGGUCCCCUGUAACAAUAAACUCCCUCUCCCCUCACCUCUUUAAACCAGUAACACCCAAGGACACUGAGUCCCACCCCCUCUGCAUGCAACCAUUGGAAAAACACGGAAAAAACAAGAAAAUCCCCCACUUCAUCACAUCGGUUCACACGUGGCUGCUCAGGUUCACACGCAGCAGCCCAGGCUCACAUGCGGGUGCCCAGGUUCACACGCUGGUGCCCAGGCUCACAUGCGGGUGCCCAGGUUCACACGCUGGUGCCCAGGCUCACACACGCUUACGCAGGAACACCUGCGUGGGCACCUCUGCCCACACAGACACACCCCCUGCCACUCACACAUACCUCCGCGAUGGCUGACACCGCUGUGACAUCCAUCCGUGCACAUCCAGCCAGGGCCCCGGGGCAGGCACACGCCUAUGCUGCUGCUGGGGUUCCCUGCACAACUGCUCCACACACUGGUGCAGGGACACACACUCGCUGCCCUGUGCUGAUGCACACACACGCCUGCUCUCCUCUCCGGGUCCAGCUGGCCCCCUUAGCCGCUGGGAUGGCACCAGCCCCAUCUGAUCCAAGCACACCCAUGCCAGGGAGCUCCCCGGCCCCGGCCCCUGCCCUGCCACCCCGCCGGCCCCACUACCAGCCUUGCCCCGCCUCGCCUCGCCUCGCCAGCCCCUUGGGCUCACUCAGACUCUGCACAAGGGUUGCCCUAGACACCCCUGUUCCUGGGGCUGCGGCCCUGCCCCCGCGGCCAGCAGCUCUGCUUAGACACCCAUGAGCCAUCCCUGUCCCCAGGGGCAGGACAGGCCUCCCUUUGCUCCCCAGCAUCACGGACAGUCCCAAGACAGCUGGGUGGCUCCCUCUUGAGGGCUGGGGGUAGCCCGGUGAGGUGCCGGGGGAGCUGCAUACUGCUGGGUGAGGUGGCACUCAGGGGCUCCUGCUGCCCUGGGGGCUCUGGGCUGCGUGUGGGCAGGAGCCCCGGCUGUCUCGGGGUUAAUGGGCAGGGGAGGGGGUGCCCAGGCUCUGGCUGGGUCCGGCCCGCGCGCCCGCUGGCUCUUUGUUGCUGGGAGAGCAGGGCAGGCUGGGUAAAAUUUCCGCCCCAAUAAUUUUCCUCUCCACUCGGUGCGGCUCCCUCGCUCCCUCGCUGGCUGGCAGCUCUGUCACUCGCUCCGUCCUCUCUCCUGCCUGGGUCCCUGCUCUCCACGGACGUCCAUGCCCCUUCCCCAGGGUGCCCACAGGCAGGAGCUGCCCACUGCAGGUUCUGCACAGGGGCAGCAGGACGGCAGUGUGGUGGCUCCCCGGUGCCCCAUGGGUGGCCCACGGGCAUGUGGCUUGGGGUGAGCCUGGACGCCGCACCAUGGGCUCAGCGUGGUACACAGGGCGGCCGUGAGGAUGCUGGCUUCUCUCCUGCAGCUGCUCCAGGAGUUCUCAGGCACCCCCAGCACCACCCCCCAGGCCAGAGCGGGACCCAUGCCUGGCAUCUCCUUGUGUGGCACCUGCCUCUGCCUGGAUAACGAUGCGCCCUGCGGAGCCGGGCAGGGCCGGGAGGAGAAGGUCCUGUCCCUCGGGGCCGACGUGCUCCCGGAGUACAAGCUGCAGGCACCGCGCAUCCACAAAUGGACCAUCCUGCACUACAGCCCCUUCAAGGCGGUGUGGGACUGGCUCAUCCUGCUGCUGGUCAUCUACACGGCCGUCUUCACGCCCUACUCGGCCGCCUUCCUGCUCAACGAUCAGCAGGAGAACUUGCGGCACAUCUGCGGCUACUCCUGCAGCCCGCUCACCGUGGUGGACCUGCUGGUGGACAUCAUGUUCCUCAUCGACAUUGUCAUCAACUUCCGCACCACCUAUGUCAACUCCAACGAGGAGGUGGUGAGCCACCCGGGCCGCAUCGCCAUCCACUACUUCAAGGGCUGGUUCCUCAUCGACAUGGUGGCCGCCAUCCCCUUCGACCUGCUCAUCUUCGGUUCCGGCUCCGGCUCCGAGGAGACCACCACGCUGAUCGGGCUGCUGAAGACAGCCCGGCUGCUGCGGCUGGUGCGCGUAGCCCGUAAGCUGGACCGCUACUCGGAGUACGGGGCAGCUGUGCUCUUCCUGCUCAUGUGCACCUUCGCCCUCAUCGCCCACUGGCUGGCCUGCAUCUGGUAUGCCAUCGGCAACAUGGAGCAGCAGAGCAUCGGCUGGCUGCACGCACUGGGCGACCAGAUUGGCAAGCCCCUGAACCGCAGCGUCCCGCUGCAGGGGCCCAGCAUCAAGGACAAGUACGUCACCGCGCUUUACUUCACCUUCAGCAGCCUGACCAGCGUGGGCUUCGGCAACGUCUCCCCCAACACCAACUCCGAGAAGAUCUUCUCCAUCUGCGUCAUGCUCAUCGGCUCCCUGAUGUACGCCAGCAUCUUCGGGAACGUCUCGGCCAUCAUCCAGCGCCUCUACUCGGGCACCGCCCGCUACCACACCCAGAUGCUGCGGGUCCGCGAGUUCAUCCGCUUCCACCAGAUCCCCAACCCGCUGCGCCAGCGCCUGGAGGAGUAUUUCCAGCACGCCUGGUCCUACACCAAUGGCAUUGACAUGAACGCGGUGCUAAAGGGCUUCCCCGAGUGCCUGCAAGCUGACAUCUGCCUGCACCUCAACCGCAGCCUGCUGCAGAGCUGCCGACCCUUCCAGGGGGCCAGCAAGGGCUGCCUGCGCGCCCUGGCCAUGAAGUUCAAGACCACGCACGCCCCGCCCGGCGACACGCUGGUGCACGCCGGCGAUGUGCUCACCGCGCUCUACUUCAUCUCCCGCGGCUCCAUCGAGAUCCUGCGCCGCGACAUGGUGGUGGCCAUCCUCGGGAAGAACGACAUCUUUGGGGAGCCACUGAACCUGUAUGCGCGGCCGGGCAAGUCCAACGCGGACGUGCGGGCUCUGACCUACUGCGACCUGCACAAGAUCCAGCGGGAGGAGCUGCUGGAGGUGCUGGACAUGUACCCCGAGUUCUCGGACCGCUUUUGGGCCAGCCUGGAGAUCACCUUCAACCUGCGUGACACCAACAUGAUCCCCGGCUCCCCCGGAAGCACCGAGCUGGACGGCGGCUUCAACCGGCUGCGGCACCGCAAACUGUCCUUCCGCCGGCGCACGGAUAAGGACCCGGAGAACGCCGGGGAGCGGAGGAGCAGCCAGAAGCCGCGGCGGACGGGUCAGAACCACCAGGCACCGGAGGUCCCGGGGGAUCAGCCUGAGUGGGAACCCUCCAGCGACGAGGGCGAACGCCCCACGCCCAUCGCCAGUGCCAGCCAGCUGUCACCCCUCCGCGCCAACGGGGAGCUGCUGAUCCAGGGCGACGGGCAGCCCAAGGGCAGCGAGACGUGCAGCCCCCUCUCAGGGGCCUUCUCGGGGGUGUCCAACAUCUUCAGCUUCUGGGGCGAGAGCCGGGGGCGGCAGUACCAGGAGCUUCCCCGCUGCACCGUCCCGGCCCACGCCAGCCUCAGCAUGGCCCUGCCCGCCCGGGGCCGCUGGCCCCACGCCGAGGUGGAGAGCCGGCUGGACCAGCUGCAGCAGCAGCUCAACAGGCUGGAGAACCGCAUGGCCGCGGACGUGGGCGCCAUCAUGCAGCUGCUGCAGCGGCAGGUUUGGCUGGUGCCGCCAGCCUAUAGCACCGUGUCGUCGCCGCUCCCCGGCCCAGAGCGCCCCCCGCCGCCCGUCCUGCCCAUCACCCCCGUCCAGCCCUGCCCCCAGGUGAGACCCCACCGUGCAGCGUCAGCCCGGCACACCCCCUGCGGCCAACCGCCGACGGACACCGGCCGGGGCUCUGCCCCCUGGGGACGCGGGGCGGGUCGCCCAGCCGCCGGGUCGGGAAUCAAACCGAGAUCCCUGGGGAGCACCGGUCCCUCCUUUGCCGGCGCUCCUCACUCCCGACCCGCAGACCCCCUGCCGGCCCAGCCCAGAACUCCCCUC